UGGAAUCUUUACAAACUGCUAACUCAUUAGAGCUGAUAGAUUAUUGAUCUGAUCUUACAAGAAGAUGUUUUGGGCCAGAACCUGAAACAAGGUACUAAGUAGAACUAAUUGAUACAAUGCUUGUGUUCACACCUUUACUCAUUGGAGUUCACAAGUAUGGGAGAUUCACAAAGUAAACUUUGUAAUUUUGUGAAUUCACACCUCCCUUGAAGUUCUUACCACCAGAGAGCACUCUGGGAAGAAACCCAUAAUCUCUCUCUCUCUCGUAUCCCACAAUCCCUCUCUCUCAAAGGAGCAUAAAUAGAGCUUCAAUGGGCCAAUCAAGAAAGUUUUCAGAGGAAGAAGCUACGAGUAGAGAGUUCAGCUGAAGAUUGAGAAGGCUUUCUCAAAGGCAAGACAGAUUCAACUUGGUGCUGGCUCUGGAGGCUGAAGAAAGCAGAGGCAGAAGCAAAGGACAAAGCAGCAAGAGCUCUUGGAACUAAGCAGAGAGGCAGGCCUCUAAGCUAACUGGGCUAUAUUGGAGACAAUAAAAGAUCUAAACUUUUAUCACCUGGCUGCAUUUGGGGUAAUUAUUGAUCUGAACUGAUACUAAGGCUGCCUCCAGAAAAUCUCCCCUGAGAAACCUACCUUCUCCCAGAGAGAACCUUAUUAUAUUAUUUUAAAGAAGAAAAAGAACACCACAUCUCCUGAAUUCCAAUCCUGGUUUAGCUUUUGUUUUGAUUUUCAGUAAUACUUCCAAGUUAUAUUGCCAACAAUGAAAUGUAAUUAGAUCAGGUCAAAUGGUAUAAUUUUUGAAAUUUUUAUUAUGUAAUGCCAGAUUGCUUUCUAAAAAAGUUUCUACAAGUUUAUGAUUCUACUGGCAGUGGAUGAGUGUAUUUUUUCUUUUAUACCCUUAGCAGUUUUACCUCAAUGAAGGUCUUCAAAGGCUAGAAUACCAUUUACCAGAAUGGAUUAUUUUUUUAUAGAUUGCAUUAGUUAAUUCCUUAUAUCAUUUAAAUUCUAUGAUUCAUUUUUUUAAAGUACUUGUGGCCAUUUGCUGAGUAUGAAGCGGUAUUUUAAAACUGUUUUACUUAUUUUUGUUAAUGAUGUAUUUCAAAUAUGUUUUCUUUAAAGGGUUAAUGGAAACCCUUUAAAAUUGUUUCUUGCAAUAUGGAUAUAUAAUUCCUACUAACAUUACCAAUUCUUCAUCUUGUCAAAUUUUAAAUGUGACUUGAAGUAUUUUUUAAUUUUACUUCCAAAAAUUUUACAGAAAAUUUUUAAAAUUUUCAGUCAAGUAUAUCAGUAUUUUACUAAUAAUUUCCUUUUUGUUGAAUAAAAGUAUUGUUUUCAUUGCAUAACAGAAAAGCAUUACUCCAUUUCAAUGUUUAAGAAUCUCAUGGAGCUAAAAGUCAUUACAUUGUAUAAGAUGCAGGUCUAAACCCUUUUCCUACAUUACUCUUAAUUUCCCCAAGUACGUUUGUUAAAUGAUGAAUUCUUUUCCCUAGAUUUUUAAGACUUUCUACAGAUUUAUCAAAUACUAACCUUUCAUGAACAUUUUAUUGUCCAUUUGGUGUUUGCUGAUUUAAUUUUCCAUUUUGUCUCUGGAACCAGAGAGCUUUAAAAAUUACUUUAUAUUUUAAAAAUCUAGGAAUUAUAAGGAAUAUAAGGCUACUUUAUUCUCUUAAGUGUCCUCCUAAUUUAUGGUUUUCUACUAUUUCUCCAUAUAUAUUUUCAUAUGAUUUUAUCUAAUUUCAUAAAGGUCACCAACAUUUUUAGUUAAAAUUACAAUUUAAUUAAUGGUAUGUUGCUAUCUUUAUGUUAUUAAAUCCAUUCACUAUUGAUGGAUGCCCCUCUAGUCAAGACUGCACUAUUAUCCCCUAGUGAAAAAUUCUCCUGUCUCUAUGCCUUUGCAUAAAAAUGCUCUGCUUUUUGACCUUUAUUUCUCAUGUUAGCUUCCAUUAAAGGUUAGCUCAAUUGCACUUUUAUACAAAUAUCUUCCUAUUUCCCCAUUUGUAAGUACUCUCCUCAGAAAUGACUAACUGAAAAUUUGUGAAGAUGUAAAAUCCUCACAUUAAGAUGAGAAGGAACAAUUUUUACUUUUGUAUUCCUAAUCUCUGACCCAAUGUCUUGCAUAAAACAUGUUUUUUUUGGGGGGCGAUUCAGUACUUUUUCUUUAUUUUUUAAUUUUUUUUUUAUUAUAACUCUUUAUAUACAAAACAUAUGCAUGGGCAAUUUUUCAACAUUGACUCUUGCAAAACCUUCUGUUCCUACUUUUCCCCUCCUUUCUCCCACCCCCUCCCCAAACUGGCAAGUAGUCCCAUACAUGUUAAAUAUGUUAAAGUAUAUGUUAAAUAUAUGUAUACAUAUUUAUACAGUUAUCUAGUUGCACAGGAAAGAUCAAAUUUAGGAAGAAGGUAAAACUAACCUGAGAAGAAAAAAACAAAAAUGCAAGCAAACAUUAACAGAAAGAGUUGAAAUGUUAUGUUGUGGUUCAUAUUCAUUUCCCAGUGUUCUUUCUCUGGGUGUAACUGGUUCUGUUCAUUACAGAUUAAUUAGAACUGAUUUGGAUCCUUUUAUUGUUGGAGAGCCACAUCCAUCAGAAUUGAUCAUCAUGUAGUAUUGUUGUUGAAGUGUAUAAUGAUCUCCUGGUUCUACUCAUUUCACUUAGCACCAGUUCAUCAAGCCUCUCUGUAUUCAUCCUGGUCAUUUCUUAUAGAAAAAUAAUAUUCCAUAACAUUCAUAUAUCACGAUUUAUUCAGCCAUUCUCCAAUUGAUGGGCAUCCCUUCAAUAUCCAGUUUCUAGCCACUACAAAAAGGGCUGCCACAUUUUUGCACAUAUGGGUCCCUUUCUUCCUUUAAGAUCUCUUUGGGAUAUAAUCCCAGUAGUAACACUGCUGGAUCACAGGGUAUGCACAGUUUGAUAAUGUUUUGAGUACAGUUCCAAAUUGCUUUCCAGAAUAGUUGCACAGAACACUUUAAAAAGUGUUUGCUGAAUUGUACAGAAAGGACAGUAAGAGAAGACCUAACUGGCUUCAAAUAUCUGAAAAGAAAACUUGGGUAAGACAGGGUGAAUUGUUCUUACUUUAGAGGACAGAACUGAAGUGGAAGUUACAUGGAAGCAAAUUUAUCAAGGCUUUAAAAUUAAGUUAAUAGAUCAUUGUCUCAAAUAGGGAACAUCCUUUUCAAACCUGGUUGUAUUCAAGUAGAGAAUGGUUCAAAUUAAUAUUAUAAAAGGGAUUCCAAGAAAGGUCAGGCAGCUAUAUACUAAAUAAUCUCAGAAGUCCUCUUUUACAAUAUGUUUUCAUUGAAUGAUUUUUAGAUUCCCAAAAUGCCUAUCUUAGUUACUAAAAGUCCUAUUUACAGACACUAAUUUCUAACUCCUACUUUGACUGUAGAACCCAUUAACUUUUCAGUUUGCACCACUGAGGCAACCAGAUUAGAAUCCCAAUUCUGAUAUUUACCAGUUAUAUAAUGAAGUCAUGUGAUCUUUUUCAAUUCUUCUCUCCAUCUGUGAAAUAUUGAUAAUUCUACGGGCAAAAAGCUUUGUAAAUUUUCAAACAUAACCUAAUUUUUUUCCUCUUAUCUUUGCUUACAGCAGCUAGUACCAUGCUAGGUGAGGUAGUAGGUUAUCUAUUUAAGUACCCCAUAAAUUCUUAAGGCAAUAUAUACGUUAAAUCCACGAAUAAAAAUGUCAUAUCAAAGAUCAAUCUAUUUAACUCCUAAUACAAUUGCAUUUCUUUUAAAAUAACAUCUCAUCUUUUUUUUUUUUCAUUGACAGCAUUUUUUCUUAGCCUUAUGAAUCAUGAUAGCCAGAUUUUUAAAAUAUUAAAUAUAAACUAUUUUAAUUUUCCCUCUAGCAAUUAAUGCCCAAAAUUUAUCUUAAAGCAACAUGAAAAUCUACCACAGGUAGCUGUUUUUGCUUGCCAGUUCUGUCUCUAAGGUUGGCAGGGAGCAAUUUUUUAAUUGAAUAUUUUUUCCCUUUCUCUCCCAAGGGCUGAAACAAAAAAUCCCCACACCAUUCCUGCUCUGCGGUGCCACCUUGGAAGCUUCCCUUUUAAUAAAAGCACGUUGGCUCAUCGGUUUAUUUUCGGCUGUGGCAACCAUGAAAAGGAGGGGAGGAAAGGGUGCUCGUUGCCACGACAACCACCCCAAACCCAAAAGCAAGUGAAAAAGGAAAAGGCGAGGAAAGACCUCUAGGCUGAGAGAAUGGAGACCAGGGGCUAGAGAGAGGGGGAUGGCAGGGGCUUUCCUGACUUUCCUUCAGGUUUCAUCUGCCCAAAGACCCAACCUGGGGGGACCCUCCACUCAGGUUAAGAGGCUGAGGAAUUGGGGAAUCUCUCCAGACCACCUUAAAAAAAGAAACGGAGAAAAAGGUGGGGGCCUGAGGUGGUGAGCGGGGGGAGGGAAAAAAAAACCCGAGCCCGCCCCCCUCCCCGCCGCAGAGCCAGCCUCCGCUUCACUUCCUGACUUUCAAAGCUUGUCUUCUCUCCUGCCUUUCAACAUGGCGGGCCCAAGCGCCAAGGAAGCCCGGAGGCCUGGAGCCCCAAGCUUCUUGGCCGCUACAGUGGCCGUGACGAUGGCGAUGGUUGGGCCCCCUUCGGCAGCGGCGGCAGGGCAGGAGGAGUCGAGCCGGGUACGAGCCAUGACCUCCUCCAACUGGACCCUGGUGCUUGAGGGGGAGUGGAUGCUGAAAUUUUAUGCCCCAUGGUGUCCAGCUUGCCUGCAGACUGAAUCAGAAUGGGAGACUUUUGCCCAAAAUGGUGAAAUACUUGAUGUCAGUGUGGGAAAGGUGGAUGUCACUCAAGAACCAGGUUUGAGUGGCCGAUUCUUUGUCACUACACUUCCGACUAUUUUCCAUGCAAAGGAUGGAAUAUUUCGCCGAUACCGUGGCCCAGGGAUCUUCAAAGACCUUCAGGAUUACAUCUUAGAGAAGAAAUGGAAAGCAGUUGAGCCUGUGGCUGGAUGGAAAUCCCCAUCUUCCAUAACAAUGUCUGGAAUGGCUGGACUUUUCAGCUUAUCGGGUUGGAUACGGCAACUUCACAACUAUUUCACAGGGACUCUUGGAAUUCCAGUUUGGGGUUCAUAUUUCAUCUUUGUUGUAGCCACACUGAUGAUUGGCCUUAUCCUUGGUCUGAUAUUGGUUUUACUUGCAGACUGCUUUUGUCCACCUAAACCAAGAGAUGGAAUAGAUCAAUCUGAAUUAAUUGAAAAGGAGAAGGAAGCUCUGAUAGUUGAAGAUCUAGGAAUUUCAGAAGGGAAAAAAGACCUUUCAGAUGAAGAGGAAGAGAAAGAUGACCUAUCAGAGGGAGAAGACGACAAAGAAGAUAUUUCAGAACGAGAAGAGGAAAGAAGCAAUUCAAAUGAUGAAACUUCUGAAGAUGACUCUGCAGUGGAUGAAGGAUCAGCAACUGAAGAUGCAGGGAAUAUCCCAGACCAACAGUUGACUGAUGUGGAGGCUGAAAGUUCAGUGAGGCAGCGUAAAAGUCAUGUUGCUGAUGGAGAACAGUAAUUUUUUUAAAGUUAUCUUCAGCAAACUGGACCAAAGAAAUGUGUCAGUUUCCCUUCUGGUCUACAGUGGAAGCCAAAUUCUUAAUCUCUCCUGCAUGAGCCAGCUUCUCUCUUAAAAGCUUAUAUUUAAUAAACAUCUAGUCCUAAAAGGUAGUAAUCCUUAUGUAGUAAUGAGAAUCUUUUAGGCAUGACAAUCAAAAUCAAAAAUAAGAUCCAUUAUUCUGCUUGGAGAUUGUUUAAGAUUGUAGGGUUAAGAAGUUCUGAUUGUAAUAGGUGGCCAUUACUCCUUUUUAAUAUCCUCUAUAUUCAUUGCUCCAAGCCACAUGAGAUGAAAGCAUAUUUGACUUCAUACAUCAGCAAUAACAAAAUGUGUCCUAAUAACUGUAGUAGAAGUUUCCCUUCCUUAGUUGGUCUUGAAUGUUUUUGUCAAACCGUAUGGAAAACAUCAGACAAUGUAGUCAGUCAAUAGUUAUUUAUUGAAAUAGAAACUGAGAGGCCUUUAAAUAUUAUCCUAGUACAGGAACUGUGGCUAUGGUGGUUUAGCUCUCAUCACUGCUCACUGAAGUACCUUCAUUAUGCUCCCGUUUUUGCUUCUCAGUUUUCCUUCUCAAUGUUUCUUUUAAAAAUAUACUGAGUGCACUGUGACAACAGGGACUAGUCUUGGACUGGGCUUCCUACAUACAACACCAGCACUCUUCAGUUCCCAAGUAUUCAGAAGAACAGCAUACAAGUUAAUGUGACAUCAGCCAAGCUUAUUAUGACUUCAGGGGCUUAGAUCAUUGGAAACCACAGGCAAUGAAUUAUUGACAAGCAAAUGCUGAAAACGACAUGUAACCUUCAGAGAUUCAGAAGGAAGUGGUCAUUUAGCAAGAGGAGAACUUUUUUUUUUUUUUUUUUUUUUUUUUACCAAAAGGCAGUCAUUUCCCCCAACACACUUCCACCUCCUUUCAACUAUUUCAUUGAGAAGUCUUUUUUUUUUUUGAAGCCAGAAAAUCCUCUUAGUCUUGCCAAUAUAAGCAAGUCAUGUGCAGAGAGCUGCAGUAUGAUGUGGUACUAUUUCCCUCUCCAGAGUAGCUCCCUGGCUCCAUCUGAGCUACUUUAGUAAUCAUAACAACUAAAAAGCCACUUAUGGUUUCUUUUUUAGUGAACUGACCUACUGGUGAAAGAAUGAGUGAAAAUCAAAGCAGGAAAUGAGAGAAAUGGUUUCUUCUCUUCCCACCUACCCUCCAACCCCCAUUCUUUUUAAUCCUACAAAGAAAUGCAUCUUUGUAAAUCUCUCAAUACUUGACUUAUUAAAAGUGCCCAGGGAUUUCGUUUUUUUAACUUUCUUUUUUAUUUGUCUUAUAUUUAAGAAAUAAGUUGAGAAAAUAAGGAACCAAGUUGUGCAUGGAUUCUCCAGGUAGGACGUAUCACCUCCUCUCACACCACUCCCCUUUUAGGGGGAUGCACUAGGGUGCAUAAUAAGGAAAAGGACAGAAUUUAAUAAGAUCUAGAAAUUAUUUUGUCACCUUUUAAAAUAAAUUAGGUAUACAUUUGGUUAUUCCAAUUGUAUUCUCUUUGGGUGUGCUAAAAAUAAAGAAAUUAAUGUGGAAUUCUGAGAAUCUCUGCCUUCAGUGGUUGAAUAAAGUAUUAUAGGGCUUACUUUAUUAUUAUUAUUAUUUUUAAUAUAUAAAAUCUGAUCCUGGGAUUAGUUUACAUCUUUAAAAUGUCAGGUGGGGCAGCUAGGUGGCACAGUGGAUAGAGCAACAGCCCUAAAGUCAGAAGGACCUGAGUUCUAAUCUGGACACUUCCUGGCUGUGUGACCCUGAAGCAAGUCACUUAACACCAGUUGCCUCAGCAAAAAAACAAACAAAUUUUUUUGUUUUGUUUUGUUUUUAGUUUUCCUUUCCCCUCCCCUUGGGUGUGAGGAGGGGACAGUAAAGAUAAUAAUUAAAAAGAAAGGAUUUAUUCCAAGGAAUUGUAGGGUUUCUCUUAAGCCCCUGCAGUCCCAUGAAUUAGAUUGUUUAUUUCAUAGUUUUACUGCUGCAGAAUAGAUACAGGAACAAACCAUGUACCCAAUAGGCAUAUUGUAUUCAUAUUUGUGUUCUUGAUGAUCUAAUAAAUAUUAAUGUUAUAUUAGGUACUUAAUAUAUUCCAGAAAAAGAGACUUGAUCUUUUUUCCUUAGUUAUUUAAAAUCUAGGGAAAGUUACACUUUGAUACUUGGUACUGUUGUUCUUGAGAUAGCUAUAUAGCCUUAAGAGCUUUAAGAAAUCUCAAAGUUGUUGGACAGUUACUCCAUUUCCUGUUUUUUUGUUUUUGUUUUUGUUUUUGCUUUUGUUUUUGUUUUUGUUUUUGUUUUUUUCCUGACAGGACUAUUCAUAUAUAUAUAUUCUUUUUUUCCCCCCUGACAGGACUAUUCAUCUCUCCUUCAAAGAGAUAAUAGUUUCACAAUUACAAUGUGUACCUGAUACCAGUAGCCUUUCUAAUUAUUUGAAAUCAGUUUGGCCCAUAGAAAUGGCCUGGGAUUUGAGUUUGAAUUCUAUAUUUUCCACAUGUGCCCAUUGGCAUGUUAUAUCACCUGUAGAGGCCUUGGAGUCUUUGUCUAUAAAGUGAAAGGCCAGAAUCGAUAAUGUACAGAUCUGUAACCCUAAAAUUUCUGCAGUAUUGUCUUACAUUUGUUGUUCAGACAUUUUGGUUAUAUUACAUCUGACUGUUCAUGAUUAUGUAAAAUGAAUUUUGAUAUGAUAAGUGUUAGAGUUAGUUAUGUUUUUUAAGUGGGGAAUAUAGACCUUUAAACUAGUGACAGGAUAGAAUAAAUAGUUCUUGGAAGAAUUUUCUUUCUACAGAACAUCUUUCUACUGUAGUAUUUCAGUUUUCUUAGUUUGGACUAUGAUUUAUGGUCAAACCACUCCUUCUUUUAUUUCUCUAUUUGAUAGUGAAAUAAGCCUUUUUUCCCUGCCCUCACUUCAAGCUUUAAAGAAAGAUGAGAGGGUAGGUAUCAUUCAAGUAUGAAAGCUUUGCAGUGCAAUCUUUGUUUAUAUCUGGUUCAUUUGAUCACUAUUUUAUUUAUAGUAACUUAAAUUAUGUAAAGAAAUGAAAAAUAAAUGUUAUAUUAUCUAGAAGUUUUAGCUUCAUCAGGUUUGGCUUUCAAAAAAACAAUUUUAAUUAUUUGCUAGCAAAGAAAUCAUGUUGAUUUCUAUAGGAUUUCUGUGUGUUCUGCAAAAUUGCAUAUACUCUAACCUACCACUUAAUUGCAAAGAAUAGCAUGGGGGGGGGCAUUGUUUUAUAUCUUCAAGUCAGUGUUAACCAUCUGAAAUUUUAUGACUCAGUCUUUGAGUGGUAGAAAAAGCAUAAUUUUAAGUGAUGGGGAAAAAGGGGUAAAGAUGGGCAAGAUAAGCUAAAUAUAUGAUUUGUUUGAUAAAUGAAUGAUUACAUCAUGUAAAUGCAAAUCAGGAUAGAAAAGAAAAAAUGUAGGUUGGUGACUUGUUCUAAAAUGAAUAUUUCAUUUUUCUUUGGCAUCCUUCAUCCCAGUACAAUAUUGAAGUGUUAUUUCUGCCAGUAUUAUAAAUGAGUAGUUUAUUCAAUCUGCCACAUUGCCAAGGUUUUCAAAAAUACUUGCUUCUCUCUUCUGUGUCAACAGUAAAAGUAUUUUAUUGUUACAUUGUGUUUACCUCAUUCAUGUGUUUUGAUUCACUUGAAAAAACACAACUUAUUUUGAAAAGUUGAAACGUAUAAUUAACUUAUUCAAUAUAGUAUGCGUUAUUACAUGAUUGAUUGAGACUAAGCAAUAGGAGAUGUUUGGAAAAAGCACGUUUCUGUCAACAUCAUCAAGCUAAUUACCAGCAUGUAAACUACAUAAACCAAGCUUUCUCCUAAUUGACUUACUUAGUAUAAAGAAAGUUUGAGGUAGAAGGCAACUAAUGUAUGUGAGUCAUGCAGCUUUGACAUUUUGUAUUGGCUAUAAAUGUUGAAUGAUAUUUAUGUUACACAGCUUUUUUCAUGGAAAUGCAAUCUUUUUAUAUAAAAGUUCAGCAGACUUGCUAUUGCAUAUUUGUAUUGCAAUACCUUAUAAAUUUAGUAUUUAAACUC